UAAUUGACGCAGAAUACACAUAUCUGAACCCCGCCCUGAGGAUUCUUAGUUUGGCUAUGAUGCUGCAGUUUAAUCGAACAAAGCCACUUGUCGCCUAUACCUACCAGAACUACCUUAAACAAACACAUGACCAGGUUGUCAAGGAUUGCCUUUUCAUCCGCUCCAAAGGCGCUGGAUUUGCUACAAAGUUAGUUCGUGGAGCAUACAUGCACAAAGAACGCCAGAUGGCCAAAGACAGUGGCUACGAUGACCCAGUCAACCCGACAUUUGAAGCCACGAGUGAUACAUAUAACCAGUCUAUGGAACAUUUACUGGAUGCUAUACAACGAGAACCAGACAAAUGUUACGUGGUCAUUGCAUCACACAACGAAGAUACAGUCAAACACGCUGUGCAUGAGAUUGACAAAAGGUCAUUGAGUACAAAUAAUGGUACGAUAUUUUUUGGACAGUCAUAUGGAAUGUCCGACUACCUUUCGUCUUCAUUAGGACAUGCGGGUUUUGCUGUUUACAAAUCUACUCCUUAUGGACCAGUUGAUGAAACUAUUCCGUACCUACACAGGAGAGCACUGGAGAACUCUUCAGUGCUAGGAGGAACACAGAAGGAACGGCAACUCUUGUGGAAAACUCUAGUAAGCAGAGUAACGUUUGGUUUGUUACCGAGAAACUCCCAGCGAGUGCAAUGAAAAUGCCGUCAAUGCAUCUUUAUGACAAAUAGUAUAAAGUUAUAUAAACAUGUAGUCUUUUGUAUUUUCUUAUAUUUUUAGAAGAUAUCUUUAGUAAGUAUGUAUGACAUUAUUAACUAACCUAAGCAACAAGUUUAAUCAUCUUCAUUCUUAUUUUUAUGAAAAAGUGAUGUUUUUGAUAUUUAAUUUUAUUUUAUAUAUUGUUUAUUGUUUUAUUAUUUUUUGCUAUAUAUACAACUAUUGAGAUACCUCUUGAUUAACUUAUUUUUAAAUAAGUUUUUCUUAUAAUUAAAUAUUUCAUUCAAGAAGCAUUUGGCAUAUAAUUACCAUAGAUACGUUAAAGAUCCUAUAUUUUGUAAUUAUGGUUGUUACCACACUUCUUAAUUAAGUGAAAUUUUAUAUAUGUAUAUAAUUAUGCAACUAAAACUAUUUUCAAACAUCAUAUGUAAAAUAUGUACCGCAAAUAUUUGUGCACAUUAUAUGACUAAUGUAAUCAUUAAAAUAUAUGCAUUCAUUUCUUAUUGAAAAAAUUGACAUAGACUAUAGAAAAUAUAUUUCUGAUUGAGGUAAUCAGAAACAUGAAAUGUAAAUUCGGUAAUAUCUUCUCAAAAAAAAAAAGAAAAAAAAAAAGGAGAAGCUUUUUGGUACUUACAAUAUUGAUAAAUUUCAUCUUCAGUUGAGCAUUAUAUUAAUGAUAUAAAGCCAUAAAAAGCAUUACAGAAUGUUAAAGCUUAUAUGUUGAUGUUUUGAGUGUUCAUCACAUAGUUCUUGAUUAAACAUUGUAUCAUAGUUUGGGGACCUUUCUGUUGAAAAUGUGUCAGAGUUAAAUUGUAUACAUAUACAUGCACAGUGCGUUAACUGGAAUGCAGGUAUAAAGUACCCGCACUCUUGAGCAUGUCCAUUGAUUGGCUCACUUUUGCUGGGGUUUACUUAUUGCGACGGCAGGGAAAGGGAAAGCAAUGAAAAUAUCAUAUUCAGAUGCUCGUUCAUUGGUUACUUUUUUCUGGGGUUUCAUGUUGUGACAACAGGGAACGUGUUUUUUAUGUUUGACUAUGUUACAAAAGAGAAAGAACAUCAAAACACUCGGCAUUCUAAUUAAUACUCGUGGCCUACGCCCACUCGUACAAAUCAGAUAGCCUCGUGUUUCGAUGGUCUUUCUAUUACUAAUAGAGAUAGCUCUUAGUUUCCUUGUUUUACAAAUAAUAAUGCUAUUUGUCAUACAUGUAUGAAAAUAGUUAUGACCAGAUAGCUUCUUUAAAGGAACUCCACUGAGGUCAAAAAAGCCUAAAAAUUAAAAAAAAUAAUAAAAUUUACAUAAAUCAAAUGAAGCACUUAAAAUAGAAAAGGAUUAUAAAGAAAUAUGCUCAGAACUAAAAUGAAAAUCGAUUUCUGAGCGUUUCUUAUCCCAACUUGAGUGAAAAGCGUUGCAACGCUUUUUUUUGGGGUAACAUUUUGCAUAAUAAAACGAUAAUUCUGAAAAAACGUGGAGAGUGAAGGUUCUGAAAAUUUGCAGAAAAGUUAUUGGUCUCGACAUACAUCAAAUGGUACACACACACAUAUUGGAAAAUUUCUCCAGACCCUUCAAGUCAAAAUCCUCAGUGGAGUCCCUUUAAUUGCCGUUUCUUUCUUUUAAUUUUUAGUUUUAAGAAAAGUUUUGAUACUUGUAGUUGUGCUUAAAUGGACAAAGUGUAAGAAAAAGAAAAGAGUUGUCACGCUUUAUUCUUACCUUUUAUUCCUUGAUAAGAUUGUUUUAACAUUUAAGAAAACUUUUCUGUUUAUACGUACAAUUCAUGAUAAAUCACAUAACCGUAUACAAAUGUACACGAAAUAAAAUUAUUUAAAUAAUGUA